UAGUGAGUAUCAGUGGCAUUUGGCUGUGGUGUUCCAAGAAGAAACCGAUCUCAUAGGAAAAUCGGAUAAAAAUAUUUAUCUUACACCGGAAGUACCGCAAACCGGCCGCUAUGGUACAUCGAUCGAGUGUGAAGUCCCGGUUGGAGAGUUCCUGAAUUCAAACCAGAAGAAAAGCUAUCACCAAUCAUCCAAGGUGGCGACGGCUCGGUAAUUUUUCUGCUGCUUUUUUCCGCACACAAAUACCAGCAAAAUCGGUAAAAGGGAGAAAAAAUAUUGUACCUCUAUGUUUUGAACGGUACUCGGAUUGCUACCGCCGCCGCCACCGCCGCAGAUCGCUAUUGCUGGCUGUUCAAUACAACGCCUGUGCCUCACCGUACUCUCUUUCUCGUUGCAUCCUCCUUCAUCCUACUCUCCGUAGCGUUUGAAUGCAACACAGACUGCUGCUGAUGAUGAUGUUAUUAGCGCUGGACCGCUGAAUGGAUCUAACGCGAGAGAGCGAGAGCAAAGCGAAUCAAAGCAGGCCAGUUCAGAGGAAAAAAAGUCGAAAAAUAGAAACCUAUCGCAGUGGCCAUUGCCGUCAUUGAGAUAAUCACUUCAAAGCAAGACGUAGGCAAAAUCAGAAUUCCAGCGCAAUUGAUAGUCGUUUGGGUGAUUAGAAGAAGGUGCAGUGCAGUGUAGGAUAUAGUCUAGUUUUAGGAGGGAGAGAUCGUUAGCGCAAACAAGUGGAGAGUUAUUCAGGAUGGCUUCGUCAGGUGGAGUGGAUAUUCAAAUAGUAUCGAUGCCAAACCUGCAGAAAAUUGAAAACUAUAUGCGAGAUUCGACCUAUCGGGAAACGUUAGAAGUCAGUGCAUCGUUCAACACCAGAUUAUGCCUAGAACGGAGGAUGCGGUUACCAUUCUUCGAUUCGCAAACUGGGGUAGCGCAGAAUCACAGUACUCUGUACAUGAAGCACUGUAGACGGAUGCCCGGGCACCGGGAAGGUCAACUCUACACAUAUCCAUCAUCACGGUGGCGAAAGUCCAAGCGACAGUAUCUGACCAAAAUCCAAAACCUGCGGCCGUUUAGCAAUUUUAAAACAAGCGGAACCUCCAACAUACCUCUAGGGGAUACUGUAGAGGUGGCAGCGACUACCGAGCCAGACUUCAAUGCAUCACUUCUGGAGGAAUCCUCGCUGGGAGCGACUAUGGACGCCGACAGCAAGGAUAGCCACCAGAAUCAACCCGCCCCUAAGGAAGAGCCUCUACCCAAGGAUUGGUACUACGAUGAGAUGGCCCUGAAUGAUGAUGAUCUGGACGACCCGGAAGGCGGAGACUCGGAUUACGACUAUAACGUGAACGGGUACAAGCGAAAGACCAAGAAGAGCAGGCGCUCGAACGCCGGAGGAAGAAAAUCCAAGGCUAGUCAAGCGGCGGCAGCCGCUGCCGGAGAUUACGAUGCCGUGGCAUCGCCAGGCGGUUCAUCCCGAAAAGGUCGACCACCGGGGGGUAGUUCCGGCAAACGGGGCAGGAAGCGCAACCAGAAGGAAACGGUUUCGUCCAUCGAGAAGGAGUUGGAGAGCAGCCUGAACGACAGCCUGGUGGAACCGCCCUCGUUCGAAUCGGUGGCCGCUGCGGUGGAUCUGAACGAGAACGGCGAGAAUGGGGCCGGCUACGGAGGUAGCGCAGAUUUGAGGAACUACCGGAAGUACCUGUAAGGCGACUGGGUGUUACUUCGAAAUGGUACCUUUGAGGCUCUAGUAACCCAGACCCUUUUCGAUGGAUGUUUUAUACGACAACGUUGUAGUAGUGCGGUAGCAGCCCUGUGGACGAGGAUCCACGGUAGACACAAGAAGGGAAGAUAAAUCUUCCAAUAUCGAGCAAUCCUUGAAGGAAUGUCUUGUAAAGAAGCCACAGCUGAAAAAAAAAGAAAUAUCAAACAAUCUGAAAAUUAUUUACUUCCUAAACUCUUGUCUUUUUGGAUAUUAUUGCAAUUCUGGUCAUCGUCAAAAUACUACUAUUAUUAUUAAUACUUCAAAGCAAUUUGUGUUUAGUUUUUUCCGAAUAUUUUUUUUGGAAUUGGAGAAGGGCGGCAAAAUUUAAUUUAAAAUCUCGGAGCAGUUUUGGGAGGAAACGUUUGAAUUGUAAAUAGUAGCCAGUUUAUAAUCUAUUUCCCUUAGAAACAAAACACACAAAACAGCUGCAAUAGAACCAAUUAUUUACAUUUUGUUAACAUCGUAGCAGAUUUCACACAUUAAAAUUCAUUGACAAAUUCAAAUGACAAUUUCAAACAUAGUUACACACAGUUUACAAUAGCCAGAGGACAGUUAAACUACAUAGAAAAAAUGCAAACGAGUCAUACUAUCAUUAUUUAGUUUUGCUAAGGGUUUCGUUCAUUGUAGUAAAACAACUAACACACACAUACAGACAUCGCCGUACGCCCACACCGAAUAACACUUAAUUGUUGCAAUAGUUGUAGGACUUAGUGGUUAAAGUAAAACUCAUAUUUUUGCGUGGAGUAUACCAGCGGGAGACAAAGGACAAAAUAGAGGGGAUAGUUUAGAAAACGUCCCUCCGACGGCGGUAUGGCAUUGGAAAACGAUCAAGUUUCACAUUUAUUGUCUAAUUGUGGAUGAAUUUUUCAACGACGAUAUAUUUACUUAUGAUUCCUUCAUUAUCCCCUAUUGAUGAUCGAACAACUUCAAGAACACGGAAAAAGAGACAAAAAUCACUUACACGUACAACUCGAUGAAACAAAUAACUUCCGAUGCGGAAGUGUACGGAAAGAAACGAUGCAAGAAAGGGGACUCAGCGUAAAUGUAACAGUUUAAAUUAUAUGGAAAUGAAGAGAAAAAUAAGUAAGAACAGCCGGAGACAACCCUGUACAUGAAUAUAAAUAGAUACCUUUAUGAACGGUGAUGAAAAAUGAUGAAUAAAACGAGGAAAUAUUUUCCAAGAAUCUAAA